GUUACGCAUCUGGGUUUAGAUACUCUGAGCCAGCAUGGAUAACUGUAGCAAAGAUGAUCUGCUAGGGAUAGACGUUUUAAAGGAUUUAAGUGAGAUUUAGAAGUCGUUGAACCAUGGCCACAGACGCUACUACAGAGAAUGGGCCGAGUUCGAGCCAAGAAGCGCAAACACACGUCAACGCUACAACUGAAUACUGCGCAAAGUUACAGGAAUGGAUGUGGCAGUACUACUGGGACUAUGUAAAUUGGCAAAGCUGUAUGACUCUGACUACGUUUCAUUUUUCUCCAUGCAAUUUCCCCGUAGCUGCAAACUAUCAAGCGCCGACUGGAACUCCGUGGCCCGCAGGACAACCAACUUUAGAUGCACGAUACGGGUACAACUAUCUGGGAAUGGGGUAUCCAUUCCCUGCGCCCCCGACUACGGGUGCUCAGACCGGGCAGCAGAUGACAGCUGGGACACCGCCUCAUGAUUCAAGGCCGGUGCAACAACAGAACGGAAACGCACCCCAAACAGGUCUGGAAUACAGCAUCCCUUCUCCCCUCCACAGAUUCCUGGCUGAGACGGUGGACUUCUUUAUUCUAUUUUGCGUCAAGGCAACCAUCAUUCUGUGGAUCAUGCAUCUUAGUGGCAUGAAGGACAUCACUAAGUUCAUCACCCACUUCAUAGUUGAGGAGAUAGAUGAGAACACGUCCAUGGAGGACCUGCAGAAGAUGAUGGUAGUAGCUCUGGUCUACAGGGUGCUGGUCUGUUUCUAUGAGGUACAGUAGCUCUGGUCUACAUGGUGCUGGUCUGUUUCUGUGAGGUACAGUAGCUCUGGUCUACAGGGUGCUGGUCUGUUUCUCAUG